AGCACUCAUUGCUGGUGUGCUUUUUCCUCCACUCUGUUAAAUUCGCUAUCUUUUACCACUUCUCUUUUCACACCCAAAGAAAGGAAGAAGAAGAAGUGGGGUUCCCUUAGUUGAAGAAUUCUGCAAUCUUGUUUUUCUGGCUGUGAAAGUUCUUGCCACAAUGCUGUUUGAAAGAGGCUCUCCGGCGAGGUGCUUCACGACGCCGCCGCCGCAGCCGCCGUCGUCCUGGAAGUCGAGACUGUCACGGUCUCCCACUGUGCCGUUUUCAGAGAGAAAAAAAUCACCAAACUCUGCGAAUAAAAACGAUCUUUUUCAUAUAAUUCACAAGGUCCCUGCUGGGGACUCACCUUAUGUUAAGGCCAAGCAAGUUCAGCUAGUGGAUAAGGAUCCAGGUAGAGCAAUUUCGUUGUUUUGGGCUGCUAUCAAUGCUGGGGAUCGUGUUGAAAGUGCAUUGAAGGACAUGGCCUUGGUUAUGAAGCAACUGAAUAGGUCAGAUGAGGCAAUUGAAGCUAUCAAAUCUUUCCGUCAUCUUUGUCCUCUGGAUUCUCAGGAUUCUCUUGACAACAUUUUGGUCGAACUGUAUAAGAGGUCAGGAAGGGUUGAUGAGGAGAUUGCCAUGCUUCAUCACAAGUUGAAGCAAAUUGAAGAUGGUGUGACCUUUGUGGGAAGGACUACAAAGCAAGCAAGAUCUCAAGGGAAGAAGAUUCAAAUAACUGCUGAGCAAGAGAUAUCGAGGAUAUUGGGGAACUUGGCCUGGGCUUACUUGCAAAAAGAAGACUAUAAAACUGCUGAAGAACAUUAUAGAAAAGCAUUGUCUUUUGAAGUUGAUCGAAACAAGCAGUGCAAUUUGGCAAUAUGUUUGAUGCACAUGAACAGAAUCAAAGAAGCAAAGUUUCUGCUCCAGGCAGUAAGCACCGCGACAAAAAACAGAAAGAUGGAUGAUUCUUUUGUUAAAUCAUUUGAACGCGCUUCUCAGAUGCUGAUCGAGAUAGAGUCAUCAUCAUCGGACAAUGCUGCAUUUUCAGUGACUAGCAAGUCACAGUGUUCUCCACAAAGCUUUGAGACAUCGAUUGAAAAGAGCUCUGAUAGUAUUAAGAGUAGGACAGAAAACCGGUCUGUGACAUCUGAGGGGGAUGUAUCUCAUGCCAGGAGGAGAUUGUACCAGUCUCCCGAUUGCGGUAGAAGAGAUCUGAAUGUUCCUUGCACAAAACCGAAAAGAUGUUCAUGGGGCUUCAAUAACGGAUAUCGAAGGGAAACUUGGGGAGAUGUCCAUUCAGAUUCUAAAUCAUCAUUUGGGACUCCUCCUAAUAAUGUUAAGCAUGCCACAAGGCCGAGAGAAAAUGGUUUGUCUUCACCUGCCAAUGGAAAGUGGAGGUCAAGGACCUUGGAAGAUCCUUCUAUACCAAGGCAUGAAGGUACAACAGCUGUUGCUAGUUCUAAUUCAUUACACACUUUGAAUACAGAAGCAGCUAUAGAGUUUACUGAGAAGGAGAAACCUGCUGCAUAUGACAGUAGCUAUAGAUCUACACUGUCGGAAUCACAUGUCAUGGUUGUGAAUGGUGCCAAUGAAUUUGCUUCAGGAAACAGAAAACCACUUGAGAAGAAGAGUUGGGCAGACAUAGUAGAAGAAGAACAAGAUGAACAGAUACAGAAUGACUUCUUUAGUGGAUACAUAAGUUUUGAUGGUGAGGAUGGUGCAGAAGUUUUUAAUGACGAAAAUGAAGACUCCAAUAUAAUCUAUCAGUGUCCUUGGCCACAGAACCAGAUUGAAUGUUCAAGCAAAAAGCUUGAAUUGGACCAGAAAGAUGGUGCAUCUGGUAGUGCCAUUUUAUCAAGGAAUCCAACAGCAAGGCGUUCUCUGUGUUUCAAUGCCGAACCGACUUCAGAACCAGCUUAUUUCUUUUGCACAUCAAAAUCACCAAGGAAGGCUUCUAACUUGGAAAGCCGCAGAAUUCUGGCAAGGGAAAGGGACUCAUUGACUGGGGAGAAGAAACAAACAAGGAGAAACAGGCUACAGGUAUUUCAGGAUAUUACUCUUCUCCCGGAGACACCAUGACUUUUGCAUAAGAUUAUUUGUCUCUAUACUAGCGUCCUUAUGGAUGGAGAAGAAUCACAUUAUUAAGACUUAUUGGCUUAAUUACAGGAUCAUGAUGAUGGAUAGCAUUUAUGGAUGGAAUUUUGUUCAUUAAUAUAGCUUAUUCCUUCAUUCAUACUCAAUGUUUUAUUUGGAAGUUGUAACAACUUCUGUAAAUCCGUGUUCAUUUGUCCCAAUACUGUAAAUGUAAAAUAGUUUCCUCAAUUGUAUUGAAACUGGAAGAGUGCCUAGUACUGGUAAACUCACAGAUUGUACUUCAAUUUUCUAGUUUCAUUACUGAUAUUAUGUACUUCUCCUUCGACAAUCAAUGAAUAAAAUUUAUGUUUCUGUCUAUUCCUUGUAAAGUC